CCAGUUGCUUAGUCUUGUACCUUACACCAAUCACCACCCCUAUCCCCAAACUCCUCUACUUGUCAUCUCUUCCCCCACCAAGAGUUUACUUCAGUAUCACACAGGCUGUAUUCAUUGUCCUCUUCAAUACUAAAGGAAUGGACCUGGAUAUUAGAGUGUUGUCAACGGUCCACUUUAAUGGAAAGCAGAAGUGUAUCGUAACAUACAGUAAAUGGUUUUCAUUGUGCAGAUUCUGCUUUAAUGCUGCUCAUUGUUUCCAGCUCUUACUGAUGCAUCUCUCUUAUAACCAAGCUGGUAUGUUUGUUAACCCCUCCCCUACAUUCCCCUCAGUUACCAACUAUCAGCUGUCACAGAGACAGGUGGCAGAAGAGGGGAACGGAGAGUUGAGAACUCAUCUCUUCACUAGGAUAGAGCUACACUCAGAUGUCCAGAAGACUUGACAAGUUCAUCAAGUUUAGUUGUUGGAAGUGCCAGAUUUGCUUGAAAAGCCCAACAUAGAAAGCUGGAGAAUGAUUCUGUCCGAUUACUCGCACGUGGGGUUGAUGCUACUGUUAUUUUCAUGUGGUGGUCUGGUGUUGGCUUCUGAACAUGAAACGCGUUUGGUGGCUAAUUUAUUCCAAAGCUAUAACAAGGUGAUUCGUCCGGUGGAGAAUCACAAGCAUUGUGUGAAUGUCACAGUGGGUCUGCAGCUGAUUCAACUCAUCAAUGUGGAUGAAGUCAAUCAAAUUGUGGAAACAAAUGUGCGCCUCAGGCAGCAAUGGGUUGACGUGAAGCUUCGCUGGACUCCAGAGGACUAUGGUGGAAUUAAAAAGAUCAGGGUGCCUUCUUCAGAUAUUUGGCUACCAGAUAUAGUUCUGUACAACAAUGCUGAUGGUGAUUUUGCCAUUGUUCAAAUGACCAAAGUCCUUUUGGAACAUACAGGAAAAAUAAUCUGGACACCUCCAGCAAUUUUCAAAAGCUACUGUGAAAUUAUUGUAACACAUUUCCCAUUUGAUCAACAAAAUUGUAGCAUGAAGCUGGGAAUCUGGACAUAUGAUGGUACAAAAGUUUCCAUAUCCCCGGAAAGUGACCGUCCUGAUUUGAGUACCUUUAUGGAGAGUGGAGAAUGGGUAAUGAAAGAUUACCGUGGAUGGAAGCACUGGGUGUACUACACCUGCUGUCCUGAUACUCCUUACCUGGACAUCACCUACCACUUCAUCAUGCAACGCAUCCCUCUGUAUUUUGUUGUGAAUGUCAUCAUUCCUUGUCUGCUCUUUUCAUUCUUAACCGGAUUAGUAUUUUACUUGCCAACUGAUUCAGGUGAAAAAAUGACUUUGAGUAUUUCUGUUUUGCUGUCUCUGACUGUGUUCCUUCUGGUUAUUGUUGAGCUGAUUCCUUCAACUUCCAGCGCUGUGCCAUUGAUUGGCAAAUACAUGCUUUUUACAAUGAUUUUUGUCAUCAGUUCCAUCUUCAUUACUGUUGUUGUAAUUAAUACUCAUCAUCGCUCUCCAAGUACACAUACAAUGCCGUACUGGGUACGGAAGAUUUUUAUUGAUACUAUACCCAAUGUCAUGUUCUUCUCAACAAUGAAGCGAGCAGCUAAGGAGAAGCAAGAUAAACAGAUAUUUACUGAGGACAUUGAUAUAUCGGAUAUUUCUGGAAAGCAAGUAUCAGGAGGUGCAGUUUUCCAUACACCUUUAAUUAAAAAUCCAGAUGUCAAAAGUGCUAUUGAGGGAGUCAAAUAUAUUGCAGAGCACAUGAAGUCUGAUCAGGAAUCAAACAAUGCUGCAGAAGAAUGGAAAUUUGUUGCAAUGGUGAUUGAUCAUAUUCUGCUGGGUGUCUUCAUGCUGGUUUGUAUUAUAGGUACAGUUAGUGUGUUUGCUGGCCGUCUCAUUGAACUCAAUCAGGAGGGCUAAAUCUUCAUCGUGAACAAACAAUGCAAUACUGGAAUUGGAGAUGGAUAUCCCUCCAUAGAAAAGAUGCAUAGGUUUUUUGUUGCAAUUGUAGUCUGUUUUAUGAAAUAUAUAGAUGGUUUUGUUUUACAAAUGAAAUAUACUUGGGUUAAAUGAAUAUGUAAAAAUGUAAUUAAUAAAUCAUGAACAAUGAUUAGUGAAGAAUAUUAUUAUGAAAAAAUACCUGAAACAUGUAAUAGGUUGAACAACGUUAUAGUUUUAGGUUGAUUAUUGUCAUAUGUACUAAGGUACAGCGAAGAGCUUUGUUUAAUUGCUAUUGAAACAGGUCAGAUAUGCCAUACAUAGAUACAAUUAGUUUCAAACUGAAGUACAAUAGAUUGAGCAAAGGGGAAGAUACAGAGUGCAAAAUGUUGUUCUCAGCAUUGUAGUCCAUCAAUUCAUUCGACAAAGUCCAAUGUCAUUGAUGGAGUAGAGUUAAAUCAAAUAGUACCUUAGCUUUUGGAAGGACCAUUCGGAAGCCUGAUAACAGAAGGGAAGAAGUCUGGUUGAGUUUGGUUGUGUGCGUUUUCAAGUUUCUGUACCUAACCUCUAUAGGUUUUGUAGGUUUAUAACCUCUGUACAUUACAGAAGAGUUUAAAAAAAAUUAAGGAAUUAAAUAGGCCGUUAUUUGAAAUUUGAUGGAGAUAUGUAAAGUAUUAGGAAAAUAAACAACAUGUAUUAAGUUAAACAAAUCCAUUCAUUUAUAUCCAAUGAUUGUAUUGUACAUUCAGAACUGAAGUUCCAUUGUAUGAUUUUAAGAAUGUUUAACAGAUCUUUAAUAAAUAUUCAGUGCAGUAUUAAAUCAAAAUUUUGCUCUUAUUUAUUGCAAAUGCAAUGGAGUUAUUUUAAGUUCAACUUAAAAUUUAAUACUUUUCAUGCAUCAUUUUAAAACUAAGCCUCACUGGCAGAUAUUUUGAACUUGUAAAACUCGCACUGUACUUACCUGGCUGUGAAAAAUAAUUAUAUAAUGAUUUUAAUGACAUAAUAAUCAAUUAUAUUAACUGAAGAUUUUCAUAAAAGUAUUUGCAUUAAAAUGAUGUACAGAAA